AUGCAGGCAUCUGCCCUGCAGGGCCGGAGCGAGAGCUGCUGCUGUUUGGCAAGAGCAGACCUCAUGCUGAAGGCCAAGCGGAGCGGGAAGUGGAGCUGCAGCGUGUGCGGCCAGCGGCAGACGGUGCAGAAGGUUUACGGCCAAGGGUCUGGUCUGGACUGUAGGCGCCAUGUCCAGAAAUUAAACUUGCUGCAGGGUGAGGCAGAGGAAGCAAUUAGUUGGACAUCUCGGUGCACAGAAGACUCUAUAAAUGACAGAAGAAAAAUAGCAGCCCAACAUGAAGACAGUUUGUUCCAACAGGAGGGAAGGGCAGAAGUCAGUCGCUGGAGUAAAUAUCUGGACAAGGACAGUGAAGAUCAGGAAGAUGAGGAGGAGGCAGCAGGUGCAGAAAGGCAAUGGUUCUGUUCCCGGAGGAGGAACACCGUGGAAGAAGAAAGGAAACACCAGAGGAGCUCCCUCUCCAGUGAUAUUCAGGAGUAUGCAGAAGAAAAUGGAGUUUUCCAGCUUGCCUACCAAGCCAAAAAGCGCAGGAAAUGUUUAGUAGCAUCGCCCAAUGAAGAUGAUGGAGAUGCUGUUUCUGGAGACAGUGUGGUUCCUGCUGUCUGUGAGUCUGUAGUGCCUGAGGCGAACACACCAACCCCAACUGCUCAUACCAAACCCUCAAAGUGGGAAAAAUUUCUCUCAUGUUCGGACAGUUGUAGUGAAAACAGUGCCAGGGUCACCUUGUCACCACAGGAGGGCAGUGGAAGGUUGGGGCUACACAGCACCACUGCGGCAGAUGCUGGUAUGGCCAGUAGCUGCUCAGAACAGGCUGGAAGAACUCUACCUCAAGGUACAAGUUUUAAAUUUAAAAAGUGUGCUGCUAGCACGGAGCAGCUUGCCUCGAAGCUGCCUGGCACCACAAUGCCCAGCACCAGGCGCUCAGCUGAGGAGGAUGUGGUGUUCAAAGAACCUCAAAGCCACUUGCUAAGGGCAGGAUCUGGUGGGGUAGAGACCACUGCAGGAAGGUGCCAUUUGGUCAGCACAAGGCAGGCGAACACCCUUCCUAACUGUAACACUGGGCUAAAGCCUAGCAACAUUUCUUUUGAACAGCUCUUCUGCACAGGUGAAGAGUUUGAUGAUGAUCUCUGGUAAGUUCAGGUGUAUUUGGCAUUGCUUUCUUGUUUGUCUCUACAAUGUAUUUGGCAAGAUUUUGAACUGAAAGUGGCUUUACUCAAGUCUUACAGAACUGCACUAAUAAAGCUCUCACCUUGCUUUGUGGCUGUGUU